AACUGUUUGCAUGUAUGCAUCUCAAAACAGCUGUUUUGCAGCAAACAAUUUACCUGGACAAACACAGCGCAAUUAAACAAAUGCCAUUUGCGCAGUAUAACUAAGAAAAAUGCAAGAAUUUUCAGCCAAACGGGACGCGCUGUUUGCAUGUCUCGACGAUGCGAGCAAAGAGCUGCGGGGAACUGCCUUGGAUCAGAGCAAGGCCAAGGCGUUUUCCAUCAACGCCCUCGAUCGAGGAAACAAAUCCGGAAACGUAUCCGGAUCCGGACAGGUGAUGAAUUACCGCCACGGCCGCAGCAUUGAUGCUGGCCUCGAUCCGGAGGAUGGAAGACUGCGUCGGCUGCGCGGCAAGGAGAGCAUUUUUAAGAAACCGGAACUUCCCAUUGGACGCUGUUUGAAACCCCGUAAAACGCCAGAUUACCAGGUAAAUCCCCAUAAAUGGAAGAUGUACUCCCUGUCCGAUGUGGACAUUUCCGAUCAGAGCAACUCCGCCGCCGCCUUGUCCUUUCUCCGGCAAAUGGAUGCACAGCGCGAGGCUGAGGGCGAAGAUAACGAAUCUCCCCCUGCGGAUGGCAAGAUCGAGUUCAAGAGGACCAGCAAACUCAACCGCAAGCUCAAGAACCUCAAGCAGCAGGAGGUGGAGGAUGUGGAGCUGGACAAGCCGCAGUUAAGGGGCUCCAAGCUGGUGAUGCCGGAGUAUGUAAUUGGCCAAAAGCCCCAAAAGCAAAAGAAAUCCAAGACCAAAUCGGACCAAAGCCGUGCAGCGGGCAAGCUACAACUGUCCCACUUGGCGGAGGAGGAUGAACAGGAUGAAUAGGUUAACAUUUAUGA